CCAGUACUCCGCUAAUGGGCGCAUAUCAAAGCUGGCGCUGCUGCUCCACUUCGCUGUUUGCCAUUCAGUCGCUCGAGAUUCGGAGGACGAGUUGGGCCAGGCUUACGAUGUCGAGUCCCAAGGAGCAGGAGAAGGAGCAGGAGAAGGAGCAGGAGCCGGAGAAGUCCCAUGGACCGAAGGCGGGGGCCAUGUCCAGGACGCAUCAGUAUCGCAAGGUGAUGAAGCCACUGCUGGAGAGGAAGAGGCGGGCGAGGAUUAACCGCAGUGUGGAGGAUCUGAAGAAUCUUCUUAAAGAGAUAACCCAAAUGGACGCCGAGACAUUGGCCAAAAUGGAGAAGGCCGACAUUCUGGAGCUGACCGUCCAUCAUCUGCACAGGCAACUCGGCAAUUCUCCGGCCACGCCCAUCAUCACCGCCUCCGCCUCCCGAACCGAGCAUAUGGCAAUGGAGCGCUACUGGAGCGGCUUUCGACAGUGCGCCCUCGAAGUCUCGCGAUUCCUGCAACAGAACAACUUUGACCUCAACGAAAGAUUCGUUGAGGAAAUGGAGCAGCUGGUGCCCGCCGAGGCCUUCCUCUGGCGCCCUUGGUAGCUAUAGUAGGGGGGUUUCCAAAAAAAAAACGAUCCCUACCUCACCAUUUUAAAAUGGACCUAACCGUAUUAUUGCUCUGGGUUAGCUGAAUGUGUAAAAAGUUUAGCAAUAGCUUCAUACCCUCAUCAUUC